AUGGGCAAGAUUGCAAAGAUUGAGUACUUCCGUGUGCCGCCGCGGUGGCUGUUCGUCAAGAUCACCGACGAUGCGGGGAAUGUAGGAUGGGGUGAGGCAUCGCUUGAAGGCCACACCCAGGCGGUUGAAGGGUGCUUGGAUGCUUGGAUUUCGCAGUACACUGGGAUGGAAGCCGAUGAGAUUGAGCAGAUUUGGCAAAAGUCUUGGCGCAUGGGCUUCUACCGAGGCGGUCCCGUAUUCAUGAGCGCUCUGGCUGGACUCGAUAUUGCUCUUUGGGAUCUCAAGGCCCGGAAACUCAAUGUUCCCAUUUACCAGCUGUUGGGCGGCAAGGUGCGAGAUACGAUCAAAGUGUAUGCUUGGAUUGGCGGCGACCGGCCCGCUGAUAUUGAAGCGCAAGCUCUGUCGCGCAAGGCGCAAGGGUUCACUUGCGUCAAGAUGAAUGGCACUGAAGACUUGGCUUGGCUCGACUCCCCUGCUGCACUUGACGCCUGCGUCGAGCGUGUCAAGACGGUCAAGGCGACGGGCAUGGAUGCCGGCGUCGAUUUCCACGGACGAGUGCAUCGACCCAUGGCCAAGCAGUUGGCGGCACUGCUGGCUCCGCACCGGCCGCUCUUCGUGGAGGAGCCUUUGCUGUCGGAACACAUUGAAGGCAUCAAGGCAUUUGCGCAGUCUACCACGACACCCAUUGCACUGGGAGAACGACUUCACAGCCGGUGGGAUGUCAAGCCGUACCUCGAGGCGGCGUGCGUCGACAUAUUGCAACCAGACAUUUCUCACGUUGGUGGCAUCUCAGAGCUUCGUCGCAUCGCCGCCAUGGCGGAAGCAUAUGACGUGCCCAUUGCACCACAUUGUCCCCUGGGUCCGAUUGCGCUCGCCGCCAACAUUCAGGUCGACGCAGCGACGCCUAACUUUGCGAUCCAGGAGAUGAGCCUCGGCAUUCACUACAACACAGGCGGCCACGACCUGCUCACGUACAUCAAGAACCCGGAGAUUUGGAAUGUCGAGAACGGAUACAUUCCGUUGAUGACAGGGCCGGGACUUGGUAUCGAGAUAGAUGAGGAGAAGAUCCGAUUGUUAAGUCAGGGUGCUGAGCCGUGGGUGAGUCCGGGCUUCGUCGGACCUGGCGGCGAGCUGCGGGAAUGGUGA